ACAUUGCAUCUUAUUUUGGAAAUGCACUUUUUAUAUUACAAAACUUAAAAAAUUGUUUGGUAUUGUGCUUGAAAAUGAUGCGUAACAGUAGCAUUCUACAUAAGAUCCUCAUAAAUCAGUAUGAUUUUUGUUGCUUAUGCCUUAAUCAAAUAAAUAUUAAAUUAAGAAUAGAAGAUGAAGUUUUGUUAAAAAAUGAUCAGGGAGAGCUUUCGAUAAGAAUAUUGGAUGUUCUGCAACAUGUUCUUGGAGAAGACAUAUGCAACAUUGUAUCUACUUUUCAAGGAUUAUGCAAGAUGUGUGCCAAUACUGCGAUUAAAUGUUACACAUUUUUAAUUAAGGCUAAGGAAAAUUGUAAAAUUCUCAAAAACUAUGUUGAAGGUUUGUCGGAGAAACUAAAUAAUACUGGUAACUAUUAUAGCAGAUCGAAUUCAUUGUUUAUCACAUAUGAUUCCCAAAAUAAUAUUUUCGAAAAAUUCUUUGAUGUAUGUAAAAUAGAUUUCGUAUCAGCUGCAACAAAAAGGCUGAAUACUUUGUUACAAGACACCAAAAUAGAAGUGAAAAGUGAGCCCAACAUACAUUACGAACUAAAUCAGUUUGAUGUUAAGAAAAAAAAGAGAAAACACUAUGUCGAUUCGGUAAAAUUAAAAACAAGAGACAUGUUAUGUAAUAAAAAUGAUGCAAGCACACUAAAAUGUAAGAUAUGUAUGAGAGUAUAUCCAUGCCUCUCUAACUUAAGAAAUCAUUUCAUAAGAGUGCAUGCACCAAAGAAAUAUAAGUGCACAAUCUGCAGUAAGAAAUUUGGUUCCUUAUCUUUAGUUGAAGCACACGAAGACGAAAGCCAUUGCAAGUUAAUUUGCAAGGAUUGCGGGAAGACCUUUAGUAAUCGUCACUCAUUAAAAGUCCAUGAAGUUGGACAUUAUUUGCGUAUAGUGUGCCCUGACUGUGGAAGAGUAUAUAAAAGUCGGACGACUUAUAAAAAACACAAAGAUUUAGAUAUAUGCAGCCAAAAAAGCAGAGCGUCAUCCGAAAAUGCUAAAUUCACAUGUGAUUAUUGCAACAAAAGGUAUACGCAAAAAGUGUCCCUCCGUGUUCACAUACAGUACGAACAUGGGAACUACAAAAGUCACGAGUGUAAGUGGUGUAAAAAGAAGUUCUUCGCUCCAAGCAGGCUAAAAGCUCAUAUAGUUACGCAUACGCAAGAGAAGAAAUACAGUUGCACAACUUGUGGUGGCAAAUUUGUUUCAAAGGAGUCCUUAUUAUAUCAUACGAGAACUCAUACUGGCGAAAAACCUUUCAAAUGCGAGUUUUGUGAUAAACGUUUUCUAUCUGCCUCACGAAGAACUGAUCAUAGAAAACGUCACCAUCCCACACAAUCAUUUCAAUGUAAAAUCUGUGAUGCUAAGUAUAAUACAUGGACAUGUUUACAAAAACACAUGAAAUCCCAUGUAGAUCAAAGCACUGAAACAGUUGAUACAGCAAAUGAUCUCUGAAAUAUAUGUGUAAGUAUAUUA